AUGAUGCGAGAAAAAAAAGGUGGAAGCGUCUACAUCUUCGACAUUGUUUGUCCAAGAUCCAUAAGCUAUGUGCACGCAAGAAGCACUGAAAAUCAUGAACACUUAGGAGUCAGUAGGGUACUGGCAGGAAGCAAGCGACUAGAAACCUAUGGGGUAGCUCUAAGAAAGCAUCCAGAUGUGUUGGUUGUCACCUCCCACGCUCGCAAGAGUUGUUUAAGUUAUAACAACGCCCCUUACUGCCAUAUUUUGAACUCUUUCAUAACGUUUGUUGUACUUCAUUACGAUUUUCGCAACGAGCAACGCUAUGCUAGAACUCCCUUCCCCGUAAAGCGCUACAUUCUAUCCUGCAGGACGAAUUUGUCGAAACAACAAGUGAGGAAUUUAAAUGUGCACGAACAUAUUAGUUAUAGCCUUCUCAAUGAAGCGGGGAUUCCGACGCCGAAAUUUGGUGUGGCUAAAAGCCCUGAAGAAGCGGCGAAAAUUGCUGCGGACCUCAAAACAAAGGACAUAGUUUUAAAAGCCCAAGUUCUUGCUGGAGGUCGAGGAAAGGGACAUUUUAAGGGCACCAACAUUAGUGGUGUGAAGAUGUGCGAGACACCAGAUGAAGCCAAACACCUAGCAAGCAAAAUGCUAGGUAAAUUGUUAAUAACAAAGCAAACUGGAGAAGCUGGGAGAAUUUGCAAUGCUGUGAUGAUUACUCAACGGAAGUUCCCUCGUAAAGAAUACUAUCUGGCAGUUAUGAUGGAACGAGCCUUUGGAGGUCCAGUAAUUAUAGCAUCGAGUCAAGGAGGUGUCAACAUCGAGGAGGUGGCAGCGACAAAUCCAGAUGCCAUCAUGUAUGAGCCGAUCGAUAUAGAAAAAGGAAUUACGAAAGAACAGGCAGCUCGGAUUGUCACUAAACUCGGGCUUGAUAGUAUUAAAGAUUCAAUUUCUAAGAUGAUAAUAAACCUUUAUGCAAUGUUCAUAAAAAAAGAUGCUCUUCUUUUGGAAGUAAAUCCUCUUGCUGAAGAUAUCAACGGCGAAUAUUUUGCUCUCGAUUGCAAGUGCAGAUUUGAUGACAAUGCGGAAUUCAGGCAAAAGCCGUUAUUCAGUUUGAGAGACUGGACUCAGGAAGAUCCUAAAGAAGUUGAAGCAGCGAAGUUUGAUCUGAAUUACAUUGCGUUAGACGGAAAUAUCGGUUGUAUGGUUAAUGGAGCGGGGUUAGCUAUGGCCACUAUGGACAUUAUCAAAUUGCAUGGUGGCGAACCUGCGAAUUUCCUUGACGUAGGUGGCGGUGCGACAGCGUCCGCUGUAAAGGAAGCCUUUAAAAUUAUCACGUCGGAUCCCCGGGUGAGAAUCUACUAA